AUUGAUCACCGUCACUGAACAUUUUACUCGAACUCUAGGGUUCAUAUUCAGCCUCUAACGCACCGACCUAAAGCAACGAAUCACCUUUUUGCUUCAAUCUAAAAGGAGCUCGUUGAAUUUCGUUCAAAAUCUUGCGAUGGGGGAUGCAGAUAACACGCUUCCACCAUCUAAGAAAAGAGCCGCCGGGCGGGAAUUAUCCCGAGAUAACCCUGGUCUUGAUGACGAAGAAGAGGUUCCCGGCCAAGAAACUGGUACAUUCAAGAGGGCAAGUGAAGAGGUGCUGGCAAACAGAAGAAUCGUAAAAGUCCGCCGCAGUCAAACUUCGUCAGCCCCCUCAGCCCCCUCAGCCCCUUCUUCUAAUCCUUUUGCCUCCAUUCGUUUGAUACCUACUACGGAUUCCACCGCCACCCCUGCCGCCACCCCUGCUGCUCCUGCCCCCACCCCUGCCACUGUGAAUGAUGCAGAAGAAGCUGGGAAAACACAAGACGUGGAAUCGCCAAAGAGUGUGAAUAAGAAAACAGAAAAGGCAGAAGAUGAGGAGAAAGAAGGUGCUAGUGAGGUGAGAAAACCCGAACCGACUGAAGCUGAAACACCAAAAGUAGCAGAUCCUGAAGCCGGAAAAGUGACCGAAAAGAACACUGAAGCUGAGAAAGAGACUGAAAAGAACCUCUCGGAGGGAAAUGGCGAAAAGAAUACCGAGGCUGAAAAAGAUACCGAAAAUGAAGCGGAGAAAGAGACGGAAAGCAAGGAUGCAGCCACAUCUGUUAACUCAUUCCAACAGCUUUCGAGUAGUCAAAAUGCCUUCACCGGGCUUGUUGGAACUGGAUUUUCAAGUUCAACGUUCUCAUUUGGCUCAAUUUCGAAAACCGACCCACCUUCUUUUCCGUCUUUCAGUUUCGGCACGAACGGAAACUCGGCUUUAUUCGGCAACCCCCCUGGAGCAUCUCUUGGUGAAAAAACCGAAGGAACCAAAAUACCAUCUAUGCAGGAGGUCCACGUGGAGACCGGUGAAGAAAACGAGAUGGCUGUUUUUACAGCCGAUGCUGCACUCUUCGAGUUUCUCGACGGCGGGUGGAAGGAACGCGGCAAAGGAGAACUGAAAGUCAACGUUUUAACGACUGGAACUAAAAAAGCUCGGCUCGUGAUGAGGGCAAGAGGAAAUUACCGACUGAUUUUGAACGCCAGCAUCUUCCCUGAUAUGAAGCUGACAAACAUGGAGAAGAAAGGGAUAACAUUUGCGUGUUUGAACAGUACGGGCGAAGGGCAAAAUGGUCUUUCGACAUUUGCACUGAAGUUCAAAGAUGCAGCGAUUGUUGACGAGUUUCGAUCGGUUGUUACGGAACACAAAGGGAGCAUGGUUGCUGUUCCGACAAUGAAAACACCUGAGAAUUCUCCAAAAGCAUCGGACGAGUAGAAGAAAACGGAGGGGCAAAAAGGUAAAAAACGAUAUAUCUUAAUGUUGGUUUUGGGUGUUUUAGCCCCAAACCAUUGUAGUAGCUGUGUCUCUAUAUCCUCAUUUUGUUGUUAUCUUUGAUAGACAUAUUUGCCAGAAUAACUUUGGUUUAGGAUUGAGGCUGAGAAUUUGGAGUCUUGAAUUGUUAUAAAUAGUUUUGUCCUUUAUAAAUCUUUCUGGGAAUUGGGUCUUGAUUGCCUUAAUUUUUAUUUUUUAUGCUUUCUGAGUAGUUGACUCU